AUGGAGAGAAAGUUACUAGCAUUGGGAUGUCCGAAUAUCAGUAAUGUCUAUGGUAAGGUUAUGGUUUUGGUUGUUCGUCUAAUAUUGUAUUUAUGUUUUGAUUCGCUUUUUGAUACGAAGUUUUAUUUCAGAAGAUGUUGGACUACAAAAGUUAAUAUGUUAUUUGGAAGAAAAUGUGUUCAGGCAGUGUUACGGUAAAGGAAGAAACUUUGUUUACACUGAAGAUGUAACCGAAUUCAAUGAAAAAUUACCUAAAGUAAGUUCACGUCUUUUCAAAACGAAAUAUUGUUUUUCUAAUUAUAAAAAUGAUUAUAAUAUGUAACUUAAAUCAUAUUUCAGUACCUAGAAAGCCUGAAUUGUCCAUUAGAAGUGGUUAAUGGAAUAAAAGAAGAACUUGUAAACUGGAUCCUGGAUAUUGCCAUUGACAAAGCAUACGUAAUUGAAGGAGCUAAUACUGUAACAGCUUUGAAUUUGGAAACCAUCAAUAAUCAGAAGGGAAAAGUAAUGGAAAUGGAAAAUCAUUUGAAGGAAAGCAUUCAAUGCAAGUUUUUAAAACUUUUUUGACGGUUUAGGAGGCUUGGUUUGGCUGAACUUGUACAAGUAUUUCAGUCAAAAUACAGGCUAACUAGACGAACAGUUUACCACUUGCGCAAGGUUUUUGGGAUGAUUUAUAUUUAUUAUUGAAGUUUUCAGUGUCAUCUGGAGAAUUUCGUGAAAAAUUAAAAGACUUUUUGGUCUUUCUGGGGCUUUCAAAAGUGGAUCACAAAGAAAAUGGAGUUUUGUUGAAAACCAUUUUGAGCUACAUUGACGAGGCACUGAAGAAUGGCAAGAGACCGUUAGAGAAAUGUGUAAGUGUAAUAAACUUUUACUUUCAAAGGUUAUUUAAGUAAUUUAUUUAAUAAUUUUUUUUCCUUUUGAAACCUAAUGUGAAUGUUUUAGGACUACUUGAACCUGGAUGAUCUACCUGCCAUCAACGAUGAUAAAAGCUUGGAUCAUGCGUUUAAAAUCAUUAACUUGUUAAAUGUUAAUCAGUUCCGAGAACUGCAGACCAAAAUCAACGAAUUGAUUGUGAAUGUUCAGUCGAUUACAGCCGAUCCUAAAACGGAUCUUAAGCUGGGAAAAGUCGGUCGAUAAUUGUAAAUAAAGACGCUAAUACUUGGGUUGUCGUACUUUACUACCUUGUUACUGGUUAUUUGCCAGAAUUUACUUUAUUGCAUAACUUGUGUGCUUUUUUUGUUUAAUAGAACUUACAAUUGUGGCCACCUUGAGUUGUUGAAGCUUUGUGGUUAUAUUUCUUUAUUUUUUCAUCGGUGAGGUAAAGAUGUGAACUUCAAAAGACGUUCGUAAGAGACCCAACAUCUUGGUCACUGGGGCUCGAGGCACGGGCAAGAGCACGUUCGCUCCAAAAAUUGCAGAGAAAUGUGGACUAACAUUCAUGGACAUUAACAAAAUGAUUUUGGAAUUCAAACUACAUUCUGGAUACGACAACGACGGCAAAGACUUCAUUUUGGACAAGAGGCAGUUGCAAAACCAUUUAAAGGUAUGGUUUCUAUUUUAGUACUUUUUAAGUUUAGAAAAUUGUCUUUUGCCAGAUGUCGCUGACUUUCUAUUAAAUUUUCGACUGCCUAUUUAUAACUUUGCUGCUUAUUUUUUAAACCUAAAAACCUUUUAGGAAUACUUUGACGAAACUCACCGCGAAGGAGGUCUUGUGAUAAAUUACCAUGAAUUUGGUUUCUUACCAAAACGGUGGUUCGAUAUUGUGGUAGUGCUGAGAUGUGACUUUACCCAAUUGGACGAUCAACUCAAGACCCGAAACUACUCGGAGAAGAAGCUCAGGGAUACAUUGAAUGUGAAGUCUUUGGAACGAUCGCCUAUGACGCAGAAGUCACCUACCAAGAAUGUGGGGUAUAUGAACUAG